AUGCCCUCUAGCGCUGAAGAUACAACCAACCAUCUAGUAAUUCACUUAAGAAGAAUACUUGCCGACCUAGUGAAACAAUCACAUCAGAGUGUGGUAUCAACUGAUGGAUAUACUCGACGUGCAUCAGUCGCAUUAAUUGUCCGCAUACGGCCUCAUUUCGAUCAUUGGCCGACUAAAGAUGAUAUAGAUGAAUGUAAUAGCUCUUCACUUGAUCAAGACACCUUUUUCACUCGCGAUUGGGUUCUGAGAGGCGAUCCAGAAGUUGCAUUUAUCAAAAGAGCCUCAAGAGACGGUGAUAGAUGGACCAGUCAUGUAGCCCUUCCUGGCGGAAAAAGGGAGGCAGGAGAUAAAGACGACAAGGCAGUUGCAAUGCGAGAGACACUUGAAGAAAUUGGAUUAGACAUAAGUUCUAAUAAUGCUCUCUUUUGUGGAAAUUUGCCGGAGCGAAUUGUAAAGACGGCAUGGGGCACAUUUCCAAUUAUGAUACUUUGUCCCUUUGUAUUUCUGUGGUUGAGUCCAGACAUACCGCCUCUCAAACUACAGCCUGAAGAAGUCGCCUCAAUACAUUGGGUGCCAAUCCGCGUCCUGUUAUCGCCAUCCUCCCAAAGCUAUGAAUAUGUCGAUAUAUCUGAUCGACUUGCAAAACGCAGAGGGCCCCUCGUGAAGUCUACUAUUCGCUCAAUGUUAGGAUCUAUGCGGUUCUCUGCUAUCAGGUUGUUGCCUUCUGAGUCUUUGUACUGCACAUCAAAAAGAGAUUCUUCAAUGGUGAAUGAGGUUGAGUCUACGGAGAAAACUUGGCCAGGAUUAGGAAUACAAGCAAUAUAUUUUUCUGGUCCCAACGAUACACUCAAAAGUACAAAGCCUCUACUUCUUUGGGGACUGACUCUGGGAAUCUUGAUUGAUUUUCUUGACUAUUUCCCUCCCCAUAAUGCUAUAAACCUUUGGCGCUACCCAACCUUUACGGCCUAUGAUGUUCAAUGGAUUAUAAACAUAAUGUCUAGUGCUCUGAAGCAGAGAAAUAGAGCAUUGUUGCUAAGUCAAAAAAGUUAUCAGCAGUCUAUCUCCGAAGGUAUAUUAUAUAUGGGCGAAAUAAGUGAAUUAUCGGUUACGGAAGGAAAUUGUUCGACAGAGAUAAUCUCUUCUGGGAAAGCGGAUGGAAAGCCGCUUGAUGCUGUCGGUAUUAUGCUUGAAGGCUAUUAUCAAAAAGUUCGACAAGGAGCCAUUUUUACUAUUUUUCUUAGACUGCUCGGGACUACUACAAUGCUUUAUUUUGCCAAGAAGCGUUGGAGGCAUAAAUUAUAA